GGGCAGGUGGAGAGUUGGCACACUCAGCACUCUUUAUGCUCUCCAAAGGGCAGACAGACUUAACUUAGCUUUUUGAAACUUGAACAUUUUGGAGAAACUGCUGAGCAACCUGGGAGCUGAAGAAAAUACAUGAAAAGGUUUACAGGUUGCUAUUUAUAGCUCUGUGCUGUGUUUCUUGUACAGCUAUGGCAUCAGUAUCCAUAGCUGGCUGCCUGCUGACCCAAAAUCAGUAUUAUCGAAAAUCCAGCAUUUCUUCAGUAAAUUCUUUCAAUGGCUCUGACCCUGUAAAUUUCACAGACAUAGAGAAAGCCCAUCAAGGGUUACCUGAAGCAGCUGAAUCAACCUGGUGGUUCAAAUCCUUUUUUCAUUCGGAUCCUGUUCCUCCAGAUAUAGAAAAGAAAAAUCUGUUUGCGAAUAGCAUUAAUAGUUGAUUGCAACAAUCAAGCUGCCUCUGCCUGAUAUACUGUAAUACGUUCGUAUCGCUAAACAUUAAUGAUAUUCCAGAUGGCCAUGCUCUAUGGCAGAGAGGCAGUUACCUAUUUGAAACCUCAGUUGGGAGAGGAGAUUACAACAGUAGAAGAUACAAUGAUAAUUCAACUCUUAUUAUUCUGUGCUAAGGCUAUCUCUGCACAUCAUCAGCAACACGAGGAACAGUAAUCCUAUUUGAGAAGUGUACUUUUUGACACCUGUGCUUUUUCAAAUGUAUAUUUUAUAAAUGUGUGUAUAUAUAUCUCCUUAUAUAUAAUAAUUCAUAAGUUGUCUUUUGAUUAUUUACAUGAUUAUCUUAUAGGUUGAUUUUUUAUUAUUAUUAGAUUUUUUUAUAUGUUAAGGAAAAGACUCCUGAAUUUACCUCAAUUGAAGACUGAAGAGUUAAUGCUUACUUAAACUUGAAUGCCCCCUGCUCCCAGACAUGAAAUGACUUUCUUGAAUAAUGCUCAUUACAUCCAUCUAGAAGACCUUUCAGAGAAGGUCAGAGAGAAGGUCAGAUAUUACAGGAAUUUUACUCACAGAGAAGAGAUAUGAGUAUAUCCUUAUGCAUACAAUUUUAUAUGUCAAAAACCAUCUUCAAGAAUAUAGAAAAUUGUCCCCUUAUCUAUUACCAAAUUUGUCUCGUUGGGGUAAAUUGAGGCAGUCAUUUCAUUUUAGUCGCUGGAUAGUAAUAUCCAAAGCGACCAUCUAUCGUGACCAAAUUCAUAGGCUAAAUCAUUCAUUUCUGCUUCCACAGAGUGAAUGUCAUUUGCCUAUCACUAAGUGAGGGAGAAAAUUGAGUCUAUCAUCCCAUAUGCAAUGGCUGUUCCCCAUGCUUUGAGUGCUCUCUUUCCUAGUCUCUGCCUCUUGGAAUCUUGGGUUUCCUUCAAGGCUUAACUUAAAGGACCAUCUUUUGCAUGAGAUCUUCCCUAGUCCCCUUGCUGCUGCUGCUGCUGCUUAGUGCUUUCCCCUACAAGAUUAGCUUGUAUCUGUAUUUUGUGUGUGUGUGUGUGUGUGUGUGUGUUCUAUAUAUACACAUAUAUGUAUAUGCAUGUUGUUUUACCCUUUAGAAUGUAGACUACAUUAAAGGCAGAGACAUCAGCUUUUAUCUGUAUUGCUAGAGUCUAGUGCAGUGCCUGGCAUAUAGAAGAUAGUUAAUAAAUGCUUGCUGAGUGAUUGAUUAAUUUAUAUUUUGGCUGAGUUUUUUUUUUCUUUUUUCUUUGUUUGUUUUUGCCUGAAAUCUAUAUAAAUGAAAGAAAUUUGUACUUUUGUCUUGAAUCUUUUGGUUAAUUGCGAGGGAUGUCUACUUUGCCUUGCAUGCAUGGGUGCAUUCUUAAAGACAGAGGCCCUAUUUAGGCAGUCCUAACCUCGCUUUGUGUCUAAGAUACAAAUUACUGGUAAUCAUGCUUUAUGUUGUAGGAUAGUAGAAAAGUUUUUCUUAAUACAUUUUAAAUUUGUUUUUAAUAUUAAAAUUAAUUCUUGUGUGUAGAAAUUUUAGGGAAAAAACCUACAAGUAAAACAAAUGAGUUUAUGUCUCAUGUUUUUUCUUUGCUAUUUGGUAUAUAUAGCAAGAGAAAUGUCAGAAUACUUGCUGAGUUAUUUGGUAAAUAUAUAGAAAUAAUGUAGAGCCCACUCUAACUUUGGUUGCUAAUUUUAAAAGCUGUUUCUUAAACAUUCAUUUUUAUUUCCUUUGUAUAAUGUUUUCAAAUUAUUGCAGAAUGAAAAAUUUUAUAACUAUGUAUGCAUGAUGCAUCACAUUGAUUUUAUAUAUGAAAAUACUUCAUUGUGAAAAUGUAUGACUAUUUAUAAUUAAAGUGAUUUCUUGAUCACA